AUGAUAGUUUUGGUUGAAGAAAUCGGUCGAAUAUUUUUCCCAUUUUUCUCAAUCAACGAGAAAAAUUACACAAGUCCUUGCGCAAUAAUUUUCAUAUUAAUUCAUGUGAUUCUAUCAAUAAUCGCAGCUAUUCUAACAGUUCAAAUAUGUUUGGUUAUUAAAAAUGUGCAUGUUUUUCAUCCGAAUAUGAAUGUUAUUGUUAUAGCAAUCAUUUCUCAGUGGUUUGAAUUGUUUAUUGCUAAACUUUUGGUUUUUCCGUAUCAGCUUGGAAUUAUUACAUUGGGAGAUGAAAGUAAGAUUUAAAAAAAUCGCUGUUUAAAAAAAAAAGUGGCAACCGUAAAAAAUAAAAACGAGUUACUUCGUCAGUCGCGUGCGGCUGUGCGUCGCGGUCGAGAAACAAUCGUUUUCUUUGUAUCCCGACCGCGACGCACAGCCGCACGCAACUUAAAAAUUAAUUUUUCUAUAGCAAUUGAAUAUCACAAUUGGGUAACAUCUUCCACCGAUGAAAUCAUCCCUGUUGAAUCAAAUAAAACUAAAAUCUAUCCAUUAUUCAUAUACGGUAUAUUUUUCUUGCAUUAUGGUUUUACCCUGGUUUUCAGUGUAUUCAUUUUGACGUGUGAAAGAGCUUGUGCAACUUAUUUUAUAAGGUUUUUUAUAUCUCAAAGAGAUUUUUCGACCUCACAAUAUUUUUCAGUGAUUAUGAGAAGAAACCUCGAUCUUAUAUUUCAAUUUCUUUAUUAUUUUCAAUGCAUAUUAUAACUUUAUCAAUAUCAUUCACAGCAACUUUUCAGAUUAUUCAUUUCACAACUGGUAUUAUUUUAUGCUCUAUUUUUAUUAUUGGUGCAGUUUGUGUGAGUUUACAUGAACUUUAUUUUCAAAAAUCCUAUUUUUUUUUGCAGAUAUAUUUCUUCAUUCUACAUUUCAACAUUCGAAUUCAGAAAAAAUUGGAGAAAUAUGAUAAUUUGAACUAUUAUUCUCUAGCAAUACGAUUUCAAGCAAAAGAAAAUGCAAGAAGUUUAGAAUUAGCUCGGAAAAUUGUGCUAUUUGCUGCAUUAGCGAUUUUAUCAGGGAUAUUUUUGUUGUCUUUGGUAGUUUUCAAUAUGGUGGACGUUAGCCAUGUGUCGUUUAUCGUUUUGUUAGCUGAAACUUCUUUCAAUCUGUAAGUCUUCGUGGGUGGUCCUGUCAUUAGAACUUCCAAUUUGUUUCCAGAAACCCACUUUGCGUCAUUCCACUCGGUCUUCAUUCAGUUCCAGCAUGGCGUGAUAAAUUCGUCGAAACAACACCAUUUUUGAAGAAAAUGCGAAUAACCAAGACAAAAGUCGAAAGUGAUGUGACAAAUAAUGUCAAACAAUCUGAAGUGUACUUUAAUCAAUUGAGUGAAGCUUGGAAAUAG